AUGAAUUUUAGUCAGAAUUUUGCAUCUUCAGCAAUCUAUGGACAGCAUGAAAUAUUGAACAAACUACUAGAGGAAUUCGAUGUACUUGUCCGACAUGGCUGUAAUGUGAAUCAACUGGACUCGAUGAACUGUUCACCUGUUCACCAUGCAGCAAGAAAUGGACAUAAUGAAACGGUAGAAUGGCUUAUGAAGAAUGGAGCAAGUCUUGUGGAAUUAAAUCUUUUUGGUCAGAAACCAGCAGAUUUAGCUUUAGCUAAUAAUUUCCCUGAUUUGGCAGAUGUAAUUCGUAGAGGAGCAAAAAAACAACUAAAAGAAUUGGAAUCAAAACCACUACAUCCAAGUGAUUCCAUUGAAUUAUUAUAA